CGAGUAAGCCGCACUCGCAGUGACGUGUACUCUUUCUGUUUUAGCAAAAUAUAAGCCGCAUCGCAUCAGUUCUGUGAACUUAUUUAGUUAAAGAAGAGCCGACUGACUAGCCGCGUUGAUUUAAAGAAAAUUUCAGUUAAACCCAGGAAAGAUAGACACGUAAGCGGCUCAGAUAGCGUAACGAAGAUGAGGCAACUUGCAAGCAUACUGUUGCUGGCUUUUGUCGUGGGCAAUGUUAAUGCCUUUUAUUCGCCCACCGAUGGCGUAGUGGAGCUGACGCCCUCGAAUUUCGACCGGGAGGUACUAAAAGACGACGCCAUCUGGAUUGUCGAAUUUUAUGCACCGUGGUGUGGCCAUUGCCAAAGUCUAGUGCCCGAGUACAAAAAGUUGGCCAAGGCUCUGAAGGGAGUCGUUAAAGUGGGUUCCGUCAAUGCCGAUGCCGAUUCCACUUUGAGUGGCCAAUUUGGUGUACGUGGCUUUCCCACCAUCAAGAUCUUCGGAGCCAAUAAGAAGACGCCCACAGAUUACAAUGGUCAACGAACCGCAAAGGCCAUUGCAGAAGCCGCUCUGGCGGAGGUCAAGAAGAAGGUACAGGGUGUCCUAGGAGGCGGUGGAUCCUCUGGUGGAUCUAGCAGCUCUUCUGGCGAUGAGGUCAUCGAACUCACCGAAGAUAACUUCGACAAACUGGUCCUAAACUCUGACGACAUUUGGUUAGUGGAGUUCUUUGCACCAUGGUGUGGUCACUGCAAGAAUCUGGCACCUGAAUGGGCCAAGGCUGCCAAGGAGCUGAAGGGCAAGGUCAAGCUGGGUGCCCUAGACGCCACAGCCCAUCAAAGCAAGGCUGCCGAAUACAAUGUUCGCGGAUAUCCAACCAUUAAGUUCUUCCCUGCUGGAUCCAAACGACCCAGUGAUGCCCAGGAAUAUGAUGGUGGCCGCACUGCCUCGGAUAUUGUAUCCUGGGCCGGAGAUAAGCAUGUGGCUAAUGUGCCAGCACCCGAACUCAUAGAGAUUACCAAUGAAUCCACCUUUGACACUGCCUGCGAAGGAAAGCCAUUGUGCGUCGUCUCCGUACUGCCGCACAUCCUAGAUUGCGAUGCCAAAUGCCGCAACAAAUUCCUGGACACUCUGCGAACGCUUGGCGACAAGUUCAAGCAGAAGCUUUGGGGUUGGGCCUGGGCCGAAGGUGGUCAGCAAUUAGCCCUAGAGGAGUCUCUCGAAGUCGGAGGCUUCGGAUACCCUGCCAUGGCUGUAGUCAACUUUAAGAAGAUGAAGUUCUCGGUUCUUAAGGGAUCAUUUUCCAAGGACGGCAUCAACGAAUUUCUCCGCGACAUCUCCUACGGACGUGGUCACACGGCACCAGUUCGCGGAGCCAAGAAGCCAGCUAUUGUAUCCGUGGAUCAGUGGGAUGGCAAGGAUGGCCAGCUGCCUACCGAGGAGGAUAUCGAUCUGAGCGAUAUCGAUUUAGAUAAGGACGAGCUGUAAGGCUGUUAGAAUCGGAGACCAAGACUGUACGGCCUAAGCUCAAAUUUUCAGUUAAUAAACUAAAAAACAAUUGCAUUCUGAAUGAUAUUCAUUAGUCAGCCAGCGUAUCUAAAUAUAAAUAAUUCAUAAUUAUCUAAUAGCUUUUUUUACUAUCCUCACAUAGAUCUAAACGAAUUGAAACCAGCGAACAUGAAACUAUGUACCAUACAAUUAAUAAAUGUGCAACAAAAAGUGUA